AGUUCACAAAGCCAUAUAUUGCCUGAUUUCUUCGUCUAUCCUCGACCCACAGUUACCUCCCCCACACUCGCCGAGGACUUUGGUAAUCUCUUUAAUCUACUUCAGCACAAACAACAUGUCGUCAACUACUGCGCGCAUCCAGGAGGCAACUCCCCGCAACCGGGAACUCCUCUCCAUCCUGUCCGAGACGGUCCACGCCGGCCCAGGACUAGAGCAGCAGAAGCGAUACGUGGCCGAUCUGCAAAACGAGCUCAUAGAAGCCAAGAAGACAAACCAGAAACUGGAUGAAAAGCGACAGAAGGAGUUCAAGGACCACAAGAAGUACCGCGACUCAACCAUGAAACGAUUUGCUUACAAAGUAUCCGGCAAGAAGGGUAAAUUUGAGGCUAAGGCCGCCAAGGAGGAGCGCAGUACUUUGACGUGCUGCAGGAGAUACACAAGGCCACGGGAAUGUAGCAGAAUGUACAGGCCAUGCUCUAUGAAGCGCUGGAGGCCCAGAGGGCCUUGGAGGCCGAGGUAGAGAGACAUGUGCAGGCCCAGCGCGACCUUGACAAUUUGUACGACUCCAUUUUCCAGGGCUUCACGCCCGGAUUUCCUGAGGAGGAUACGAAGGAGAACGAAUUGAACAGCGCGCUGCAGGCGUAUCACGGUGCUAGGGUCCAGUUUGAGUGCGAGAGCUCGGCGGUGCAGAUCCUGUCGCAGGCACAGCACCGCAUGACGUCAGCUCUGCACGCCAUCGAGAACGCGUUGGAUCACAGUCGCAUGGACAUGUUUGGCGGGAGCUUCGUGAGCGACAUGAUGGAGCGUAAUGAGCUGCAUAAGUGUGAGAUGGAUGUUUCGCAGGCGCAGAUGCUCGUCAUCCAGGCCCAGCGCAUGUCGCCGACCGUGGGCAACCUGCCGCCCGUCAAGAUCGCCCAAGGAAGUCUUAUGAGUGACGUCUUGUUUGACAAUAUCUUCACGGAUGCGGCUUUCCACGACAAGAUCAAGGAUUCGAGGCUCGAGCUUCAGAGGUGUGCUAGGGUCUUGGAUCAGCAGCUUAAUGCUGCGAGGGGGAGGCAACAGGAGUUGGGUCUGACUGUGAGGGGGAAGACGCAAGUGCUGGAUACUGCGAGAGCGGAACUGCAGGAAGCGAGGCAAAGUAUCUUUGAGACUGUAGCUUAGUAGUAGGAAAAGGCGGGGUUUGACAUGGCUUCGAACAUGGAUAGGGCAUGAUACCCAUGGUCUCUGGAUUUAGGCAGACCAAGUUGGAUUGUAUCCAAAGCGUAUACCAAUAAUUAUUUGCCGC